UUUCCAAAAACCUGAAAAUUAUUGCUGAUAGCGUGUUAUUAUUUUAUUUUUGUUGUCAUCACAAAUAGAGGAGAUGCUGUUAUCUUGGAAAUUGUUUGUUUAAUCUGUCGCUCUUUUAACAUAUUCUUGCACUCAUAUGCGAAUCGAACUGUAUUUUUAAAGCAAAAUGCCAGAACUAAAAUUAUUAACAGACCAACAGAAACACUUUUACAGAGAAAAUGGGUACAUAAAACUGGACAAUGUAUUAUCUAGACAAGAAAUAGACGAAAUUUUGGAAACGUAUGAUAAACUGUUUCAACGAAAACAACGUGAAAAUGAAAAAGGUCUUGAAGCUGCAUGGGGUGGUGAUGAAGUAAAGAAACUCAGUGAGGGUAUCAAAGCAAGUGUGAAAUCAAUUCACAAUCUACAAAUGCACAAUGCAGUAUUUACAAGACUUAUCACACAUCCAAAGUUAUUGGAUGCCCUUGAGGACAUCAUGGAUACGCCGGAUAUACUUUUGCAUCACACAAAGGCCCACAUAAAACCUCCCGAAAAAGGGGCGCCGUUUCCGAUGCACCAAGAUUAUCAUUAUUUUCCUUACAAAAAGCAUACCAUGUUGGCUGUUUUCAUUCAUCUAGAUGAUACUACUCCAGAAAAUGGGGGUCUUGCAGUUUAUCCAGGAAGCCACAAACUUGGACCUCUGGAAGACUAUGGAUUAAAGGAGGAUAAAACUGGAAAGUACCAUUAUGUUGACCCCCAAAAGUACCCACUGACCGGAGCAACCCCAGUACAUGCGAAGAAGGGCGAGAUUGUUAUAUUUUCGUAUCUUUUACUUCAUGGAUCCUUCCUGAAUUUAUCUACGAAAACUAGAAGGAUGUUUUUGUUACAAGUGAGAGCUGCUGAUGACGAACCCACGAGAGAUACUCAUAAAUCUCCUUGCCAAGAUUUGGUACUUCGAGGGAAAAAUGUUUCCAGGGAUGCUAACAUAGCCAACAGACAUGAACACUGAAUUUUCUCUUUUAGAAUUAAUGUUACAUACAUAUAAAAAAUGACCCAAAUAUAAUCUCACUUUUUAAA